UAUCCUAAGAGGCGACAGGUUCACAUUUCUUUAUUAAUUUUCUUUAAAAGGAAGAACCAUUAACCUUCCAAACAAAUUUUCUUGGCGGAAAUGUCGAGAUCGUGGAUUUGCAUUGCAUUUGGCAUCUUAGCGUUGUUUUUGUUCGCUUCAGCCUUUGCGGACGAUGUCGUAGUACUCACUGAGGACAACUUCGAGAAAGAGGUGGGUCAAGAUCGCGCCGCUUUGGUCGAGUUUUACGCACCCUGGUGUGGCCACUGUAAGAAGCUUGCUCCCGAGUAUGAAAAGCUUGGUUCGAGUUUCAAGAAGGCUAAAUCUGUUUUGAUUGGCAAGGUUGAUUGUGAUGAGCACAAGAGUGUCUGCAGUAAAUAUGGAGUUUCUGGAUAUCCCACCAUCCAGUGGUUUCCUAAGGGGUCUUUGGAGCCCAAGAAGUAUGAAAGUGCAAGAACUGCUGAAGCCCUUGCUGAAUUCAUAAACAAUGAAGGAGGGACAAAUGUCAAGAUAGCUGCAAUUCCUUCAAGUGUUGUGGUUCUCUCGCCAGACAACUUUGAUGAGAUUGUGCUCGAUGAGACAAAGGACGUCCUUGUUGAGUUCUAUGCACCCUGGUGUGGUCAUUGCAAAAGCCUUGCUCCUACUUAUGAAAAGCUCGCAACAGCAUUCAAGCUCGAAGAUGAUGUAGUCAUUGCUAAUGUGGAUGCUGAUAAGUACAAAGAUAUUGCAGAGAAGUAAGUAUCCACGAAUGCCCACUUUCAGAGCUUGCUGUGAUAGUUCAUUUAA